UUUUUUGACGGUUUUUCACCGACUGAGUCUGGCGCAGGUCUGGCGUAACACUGACAUGACCUGUCAUACAAAAGAGGGCGCUGCUAGACCAACGUGCACGCCAUCUCUUUGCAAAUUUGAUCACUUCUUAUAGAUACAUAUAUGUAUAUGAGGUAGGGUGUCGAGCCCAGUACUCAAAAAAUCGUGCACGGAAUACACCUCUUCUCACAAUGUGUCACGUGGAAUUUUGACGAUGUUUUAUGUUUAAUAAAUUUAAAAAUAUUACAAUAAUUUUGAUCAGUAAUUUCUUUGCGUAUUAUUAUAUUUCAAUACAUUGUAUGCCGUAUAUUGUACAUCGACCUGAAGCGGAAAUUUUGAACUGGCGCUAAUCAAUCAAUGUCGCCAACUUAUGUCAAUUAUAAUUACUUUACACAUGAAAACUGAUGAAAACGGCGGAAAAGCCCACGAGCAAAAGGAAGUGUGUUGAUGUCUGUCUGAUUAGGCCCUGGGCUAUACUCUUUGGAUUGGGCAGUGUGAUCGGUGGUGAUAGGGUCGACUGGUAAAUAUGGAUUGGUAGUUUUAGUGGUUUUAGUUUUGCUGUGUUGAUAGAUUAUGACAUUGUCAAUUGCCAUGUGAGCUUAUGAAAUUGGCGUUUAAGAAAUCUAAAUUUGUAUCAACUACAUCGCCGAAUGACAGUGUGAUCUCGUUUUCCCUAAGUGUGCUGUGACAUAAACAGUUAUUACAUUGAGUAUAAGGUCAUAUCAGGUUAUGGCUGCUAUUGACAAAGUGAGAAUUAUUGUUGUUGGAGACUCUGGAGUAGGAAAAUCUUCUCUUACACAUUUGAUAUGUCAGCACCAACCAAUAAGUAACCCAUCGUGGACCAUAGGUUGUUCUGUCGAUGUGAAACUCCAUGAAUACAAAGAGGGGACACCAUACCAAAAAACCUAUUUUAUAGAACUUUGGGAUAUAGGUGGAAGUCAUAGUCACAGGAAUACUAGAUCGGUUUUUUACAAUCCUACUCAUGGUAUUAUUUUAGUUCAUGAUUUGACAAAUAGAAAAUCUCAACAAAAUCUGCAAAAGUGGCUUGGUGAAAUUUUAAAUCGGGAUAGUGGAUGUAAGUCUCGAUACUCUAGUUUUGAUGACUUUGAUCCUGAACAGUUUGUAGGAUCUACUCAGAUACCUAUUCUGGUAAUUGGCACCAAACUGGAUCUUGUUGAACAAGUUAGGUGCCAUUCUCAGCAAAGGUCUUCAACAAUUGCAGAAGAAUGUGGAGCUGAUGAAAUAUUUUUGGAUUGUCAGCAGAUUCGCUCAUUGGCUGCGGGCUCCAGUUCUGCAGUUAAAUUAAGUCGUUUUUUUGAUAAAGUGAUUGAAAGAAGGUAUCAUAGUAGAGACCGUAUAAGCCCAUUCUCUGAUAAGAGAAGAUCAGCUGUAGCUUCUCUAAGCCCCAAAUUUUACCAUGCUGACUGAUCUUAUAACAGAAUUAAUUUAUCAUGCGUCUUCCUUCAUCUGAUAUGUUGUUUGGGAUGAUGACUUGAACAGUUAUGAUUCUGAUGUCAUGACCAAGUUGUGAAAUUUUGCUGUCUCCGAGUGUACUGGCUACAACUGAAAAAGGACAUUUGACAAUUGUUUUUAAAGAAAGAGAAACAAAAAGUAAUUUAUUUUUAGAAAACAAAGACUGCGUGUGCUCUCAGAAAAAAACAUCGUUGCACUAUGGAAGCAAGUAAAAUUGAGUAAAAUAUGUUGAUACAAGCACCGGAAAUGUGAAGGAAUAAAAAGGGGUUAAAAAUGAGAAGUAACAAAAAUUUACACACACAAAUAAGAAAAAGAAGUCAAAAGAACAAUUAAGCAGAAGAAAAAUUAAUUUCUUCUAAAAAGUCAUUCAUGUAUAUAUGUAGUAAUAUUAGUCUAAAAAAAGAGGUUUAGCAUUGGGGCAAAAAUUAGAUAUGCCUCUCUUGCAUAUAGACUCUUGGUGCUCAAUCUGCUUUUAACUUCUUGCCAUUUUGCUUACAUUGGUUGUGAAGUUGAAAAUGUAUCUUUGAAGUAAUUUUGCGAUUUUAUUAAUUGAUUGUUAUCGUUCAGAAAAUAAUGAAUUAUUUAAUACAUUUUUUUCUCCUAAACAAAUAAAUUCGUACUAAUAAUAUUAAGUACAUUUAUUAAACAUCUUUAAUGUUUUUAUUUUUAAAGAAAAUUUCAAAAUUUUUGACAACUGGAAUGUAAUAUUUUUACAAAGAAUGUAAAUUUUGAUUCACUUUUUCUCAAAAACAUUUGUGAUUAACUUGAAAUUUGGGGUAAGUAAUUUACAAUAUCUAAGAAAAUUUGUGAAAUUGUAUUAUAUCUAGGUUAGUGAUUUGGAAGAAAAAAUUAUACAUUUUUGUUAGUGGAAACAAAAUUUCACGCAUUCAGAUCGCUGCCAGUAGAAUAUAUGGAUGCCAAUUAGUCCCAUUAAGUUAUCGUGCCUCUAUAAUUCAUACUAUAUAUUUGCUUUUAUACACCAUUUUUCUGAUUACUGGCUGUUCAUGGAGGUUCUACACCGAUGAAGUACCUAAGUACACCACUAAAUUUUAUUUGCUGCCAUUUAAUUGGUAAUAAAUAAUUGUGGAAAACCCUGAUGAGCAUGACUUCUGCAGUGAUGCUUAAGAAUCGCUGUUCAAAAUUACCACACCAAAGCCAAUUAUUGGGAAAAAGUAAUGUUUUCUUUAUUAUUGUAUUAGACACGGACAUAAUGUUAUGUUUAAUCUUCCAAUAUUAACCGAAUUUGAAAGAAUUUAUUGAAAAUAAACUGGUUAAACUUUUUUUGGGACGUAUUUUUUUGUGUUAUUUGUAUUAAAAAAUCAUUUAUAUUAUUCAUAUAAACAUAAAAGUUGGAACUUGAUACAAAAGUACAAGAUAGUUUCUUUAAAUAAAAAAAGGAAUCUUACGUGUCACUUAUCAAAUUGUAGUUAGGCCAUGGGUUGCACCAUAAUUUAAGAUAAUGUUUUUACUCUAACUAGUGAGAUUAUAUUAAAACAAAUAUAUAUUAGAUACGACUUUUAAUCAGCAUAUGUAUUGAUUAAUGUACAUAUAAGAAAAUUAAUAUAACAUUAAAUAAAAAGAUGAAUUGUGCGAUUGUUCAGUGUCUACUGUCAGCUCUGUUGUAACUAUUUUCAUUAAGUAUUAAGUGUAGAAUCAGUGAGGCUACUCCUCUUUUUAUUUUUAAUAAAUGUCAUAGUUGAAAAAACACUUUCACACAAUGAUCCACUUGCAGAUCACAUAGUUCUAGAUGAAUGUAUUGUUAACACAAAGAGGAUUGCUAUACAGAAUCAGAUCUAACAGAUCUCUACAAUAUAAGACCUUCAGUAAACCUCUGACGUUGAUUAUUUCACAUUUAUAAUUAACAGUUGCGGGCUGCUAAAAACAUCCAAUUGGGUGCCAGUUAGAAAGUGCUGGUUUAGAUGAGUCACCCUCCAAAUGACCCAAAUCCUAACCCCAAAAUCUUAUGACCUGUGGUGGAAAAAAAUUGAGCAGAGACUGUGGUCUGAAUGUGUUAAGUAUUAUAGGUGGGUAUUCUGUGUGUUACCAUCAUUAACAAUUACCAAGAAAAAUUAUUCUACAGAAAAACAAAUUUGUAGGUUUUUUCAGGUGUCCCAACACAGAACCCUUCAUAUCUAUAUUAAUUCAUGAAACACUAAAAUAAUAGAAAAUAUUGUUAAAGCUGAUCAUGCUCAAAACACUUCAUUUAAAACUUCAAAUUAUCAUUUAAAAAUUGAAUUUAAGUUUAAAAAUUAUAAUACUUUAGUAUAAUUUACAUGCCCAAAAUGAAUGAAAUUUUGCCACACAUUCAACUAGUAAUGUUGUCUUGAGUACUUAUUCUGAUUUCCUCUUAGGUUUAAUUUGUUUCACAACCUUUGUCACUUUUUCCACAGCCGUGUCAGUUAAGUAUUCGAUGGUCAUUGAUACAUUUUAAUCUUCAUACCAAAACUAGGGUCUUUUUUGGAGCAUUUAAUAUUUAAUUUUUUUUCUGAAUAUUCACUAAUAAGCUCAGACUUCUAUUUAUGACUCGAUUAUCAAGUAAGUUCCCAACUGAUGUUACAUAUUUUCCUGCAUUUAUUAGAGAGAUGUUAGUAUUUUAAUGACAUGGCCUCAAAAUGACCCAAGGUAGAGUCUAUUAUUUUCCCAUUCUUAUACGAAACAUUUCAUGAACUUUGAUAAAUGUUUCUGAUUUUUUCAGAAUUUUCCACCUAAAUUUUAUAGGCUUGUAUGAAUAUCUCAGAAGCAUUAUGUAUGGCAGAGGUUAUUCUUUACAUAA